AUUUAAAGCCGAUUGGCACGGAUGCACAACAUUACAGUUGCGCUCCGUACGUCGAUCAGUGAGGAUCUGCUAAUUCGUUGUCAACUCUUUUGCAAAAACCCCGCACACUUCAAUUUUAACGAUGAAGCUGCUGUUUCUGUUGAGCUUCCUGCUGUGCGCUAUCCUGGCCGCUGCCGGCAAGUACUCGUGCCCGGCCUGCCCGGCCAACUAUCUGCCGGUGUGCGGUACCGAUGGCAAGACGUACGCGAACGAGUGCGCCCUGGAGUGUACCGUGGCGCCGGCCGUCAAGGUGGCCCGCAGCGGCGAGUGCUAGACAACUCAACGGUUCUCAGACACGGAUACACGCUAGGCCAACGGAUGCAGGACGGGGAGUUGUUGAGCAAGCGGGCCAGCGUUUGCCUCAUCGGAAAAGGAACGCAGAAAAGGAAUACGACCCUCUCUCUCUCAGUUAUUAUUUGCUUAUGUUCACAAUACAAUACAAUAAAGUUUAAAGUGCUGAUGUAAACACAACCCUAAACAACAGCGUACGUGA